UUUUAUUUGUUUUUAUAUGUUUUAUUUAUCAUGUUUGAUAUACCAAGUUAUCUUCAUUUGUAAAAACAGUCUUAUUUUGUUUUUAUUUUUAACAUUUAACAGGCUUUUAAAUGUGUAUGUAUACGAUACAGGAAUUUUUAAAACGCUACCUCCCUACCAACAUUUUGACCAGAUCGACCAGCUUUGUAAGUGUUUUAAGUAUAUUUUCAAGUAAAUUUCCUGAAUGAUCAUAUGAGCACAUUUAUCUAUGUAUAUUUUAUAUUACACGUUUAUUCCAAAUUAGUGAAUUCUACUUUGAUAAAUAUUGAAGAGCAAAGCGACACUAGGAACAGCGAUCUGCAAGUUAAUAACCCCGCAAUAAAUGAGGUUUCUCAAGGCUUUAAUGAGGGCUGCGAACUGCAAGAUGCCGCAUUACUAGUCACACAACCAGGAUUUGUACCACAGAAAACCUCUACAAAAUCUUCAAGACUUAGUCUUAGUCGGAAACGUAAGCAGGCCCGUUCUAUUACCAGUGAUAAAAGGACAUGCCCGGACCAUACACUAGUUUCUGAUGUGCAACCUCUGGAUACUACCACAGAUUUCAUUAAAACAAUUGAUUUCUAUACAGAAAACCUGUUAGGAGCUGGAGAUGUCACAAAUUCAUGGUCUGCAGCGUUGGCAAGGUCCUCAGAAGCUAACGGUGAUGCAAUAGUACCGGUAGUUACUACCGUACUGCCAUCGUCUUUGGACUCGCAGACAUCUGUGACUGUUAAUCUGCCAAAUGUGGUUGGUGCCGGUGUUGAGGAUGGAUCUUCUGUGAUUUUUGAAACAUCUCUACCUACAAACCAGGAACAUUUCAUCAAUGAGUUGUUGCAGGAAUUGACAGCUCGAGUGAGAAGACUGACUGAAGGCGUCGCAGCCAUAAUUUCGUGGUCUAAAGAUCAAGAGUUAUUGACCAGACUUAUAUUUGAAGCUCACAAAAAGACUUCUGAAGAACAAAACUUGGUGAACAGAGUGCUGCUUGAUCGCUUGAUGGACGUUGAAAAAGCCCAGAGAAAGGAGUUCGACGUACAGCGAAGCACGGUAAUACUGAUUCAACAAGUUAAAGAUGCUGUUUCACACAAUAAUGGUUUAUAGUUGAAAUAAGUGUUGUUGUUGCUGGGUUUUUAUUCUACUAUUUUGCAAAGUUGUUUUAAAUGUGUUUUUUAAAUAUGUUUUGAUUAUUUUUGGUGUUGCUGGGUUUUUAUUCUACUAUUUUGCGAAGCUGUUUUAAAUGUGUUUUUAAAUUUUUAGCGAAGCUGUUUUAAAUGUGUUUUUAAAUAUGUAUUUGGUUAUUUUUGGUGAUGCUGGUUUAUAGUUGAAAUACUUGUUGUUACAGAGGUUUUCUACUAUUUUGUGAUACCGGUUUAAUUGCGAUAUAUAUAUAUAUAUAUAUAUAUAUAUAUUUUGGAUUGCAAGUUUUAUUACGGUUAAGAGUAAUUUAAGUGUUUUUUAUUUUUUAUUUUUGUUUGGCUAUAUCGACAUUGGCUAACGUUAAUUUGUAAUACUAUUUUGGGUAUAAUCAGAGAAAAUAUCUGUGUAAUCCUGGAGAAGUUCUAAAUAUUUUUGAAAAUGGCUGGUAAAAGAGUGCAUUCAGAUGAUGAUCUACAUAGCUGUCAAGAAAUACCUACUGUAAGGGCUAGGCAUGAGACUGAGGCUGAAAUGUUUGCUGCUGCACAAGACCAAUUACUUGAAACGGUAAACGAAAUGAUUCGGUCAUAUGAACAAAGAUUUGAAACAAAUUUGUUACAAACAGGCUAUGGUGUAGUAAAUCCUAACGAUAAUUCUAACACGACAGACACCCUUACGGGUUUAAGUCAGAGUGACGUAGACACGCUAGUGCGUGAUGGAGGGACAGUAAGUGAUUACACAAUAGUCCCGAGACCCUAUUUUAAUGGUCUAGAAAUCCACAGAAAUCUAAAUUUGCGCGAGAUCAUAACCACAGAUUUGGCAGCGUACACUAUAUUUGUUCAAAAUAUUCUGUCGGAAAUGGUUUCAUUCUCCAGGCAGAUAGGAGAUGAUAAUUGCUUCAUUAAUAUCAGUCUAAAAGGCGACAGUCUCAAAUCUGACGUUAACGCUAUACUGUGUCCCGGUAACGACUAUGAUGAAAAUCGUUUUAUCGAUCAGUUUGAAUCGGUUGCACAAAGUAAUGAACAGGUGUUGGCAGAUGACAGUUUGCAACUGCAUGUAUCAAUAGCAAGAAGUAUGAAUGGAGGGGCUCGUAUGUCAGAAAUAAAAAGAAUUUCACACUGAAAAACAAGUCAGUUGUUAAGAAGUUCCGUGUCGUUUAUGACAGAAGCAUCUUGCUUACACGUCGAGACCCUUUGGCUAUUGAAACAUGUCUUACGGUAAUCGGGGUAUGCAAGGUAUAGAGGGGUUUGAUUUCAGAAUUCAACAUCCUUUCUCCAUGGUAAUCGCGGGUC